AUUGGCAGAGAGUACAACGGAAGCCCCAGCGGCCAAUGGGAGCCCGCGGCCUUCUAGCGUCAGCAACGGCCGCUCGGCCAAUAGCUAAAAGCGAGCACCAAAUUUGUAUUUCAGCACGCGAGCUACUUCUGCUUCUGUCGGCUCCAGGCGUGGUGAAGUUAUCCAAGAUGAUGGAUGCUCUGUCGGUGGUGAGUCAGCUGAGGGACCUGGCCUCAGAGCCCCAGAACCGAGAGGUGAUCGUCCAGGACCAGGGCUGCCUCCCUGGACUGGUUCUCUUCCUGGACCACCAGAACCCAGAGGUCCUGUUUGCAACUCUGCAGACUCUGCGUUACUUGGCUGAACUUCCUCCCAACAUUUCCACCAUGAAGAACGAACUGGGAAUGAUGGUGAGCUUAGAGAACCUGAUGGCCAGAGAAGGUCUGUCUGUGGACAUCACAGCUUUAGCUCAGGAGGUUUAUGACAUCCUGAACGCUCCAACUAAUCCUGCACCUCGUACUCCCGAGAGGGAACAGAGGAAGAAGUCCCAGUUCUUCAUUAACUCCACCAACAAGAAGGCCAAGUCCGUCACGCUGCACAUCCAGGGUCUGGACAGCUCAGACCAGCGGGGUUUGUGUGAGGAGGCUCUGCUGAAGGUCAAAGGUGUGAUCAGCUUCACCUUCCAGAUGGCCUCCAAGAGAUGCACCGUCCGGAUCCGCUCAGACCUUCCUACCGAGAGUUUGGCCACCGCCAUCGCUGCUACCAAAGUUCUGUCGGCCCAGCAGGUGGUGAAGAACAAAGCAGGAGAGGAGGUCUACCUCCCUCUGAACCCAUCUGGACUGGAGGUUCCUCAGAACUCGGCUCUGCCUGAUUACCUCCCGGAGGAGGAGGAUGAGAGUCCGGAGAAGAAGACGGACCGAGCCAUCUCCAGAACCACAGCCAAGGUGGACUCCAACGGGAGCUGGCUCAAUGCUGCUGCCAGUUUCCUCACAAAGACCUUCUACUGGUGAACCUGGAGCUGUUGCUAGAGACUGUAGACCUGGAGACCAAAGAACUACAGACUCUUCACAACCUGCUCAAACUCUUGGUACAGGACCUCACCACACGGGUCAAGAAGGUUUCUGUCUCAUUUCUACUCUGAAGCUCAUCUUCUCCUGCUCAAACUGCUGACAAAUGUUUCUGUUGCUCUAAAGUCUGGUCUCCAGAACUUCCUAAAAACUCUCAAAGUCUCUUCUGCUGCAGGUUGCUUUGUAGAACUGUUCCAGAAAACCUCACUAAACCACAUGGAGGGGCCUCAAGAUAGUCGUCCAAAUGAAACCAUACAAAAACCAAACUAGCACAACCCAAACGCUAAAGUCUCCUGCAGCCUACCAGAGAACCUCUGAGAACAGAGAAUCAGGACAGGAACUCUUACCUUCUGGACAACCAACGCUGGUUCACAAACAAGAAUACAGAAUGUGUCUGACCAAAAACCUCUAAAGACUCACUACAGCCAAGAUAAAGACACAACUCAGCUGCAUCAAAUCCACUAAUCACUGCACACAUUAGCACCAUGUGCUAACUGUGGCUAAAGAACCACAUUUACCAAGACAACUAUCCAGUACAAAGCCCUAAAACACACCAAGAAACACAUUAAAGAUGAUUUUACUGCUGGAAGCUGCAAGCCAACGCCUAAAGAACAAACUAAAGCAAUGGAGCCAAACCCGGUUCAGUGGUGGAGAGAAACAGAGGAAAUGUUUGUCUGCAGCUAAAUAAAGCAGGAAGACACUGAGCUGCUCAGGUGUUCCUGAUAACACCAAGCAGCCACCUGGACAGCCAAUAGGAACACAGCUUCCUGGAAGUCCAGAGGGCUGGCUUAGUCAAGGAAAUUUAGUUUAAAGUUGAAGCAGAAAGUUAACAAAGAAAGUUGAAAACCACCUUCUGAUACCUGAAAUCUCUGAGUUUUCACACAAAGAACACCUGAACAUGUCAAACUGGUUCCAUAGUAGAACCAUCAUUGUAAAAACAUCAUAUUAUGGUGUGUUGCUCUAAAAACAUUAGGACCCAGCUGUCUAGGGUUGCCGAGGAGCAACACAAAAACAGGACAAACGCUGGUUUCCAGGGGGUUAGGAGGCUAUUUAUUUGAAAGAGGAAGUUUACAACAACACAACAUGUGAGCAGAAAAAUCACAAAGUCUGUCUUUAGUUCAGCUGAAAAUAUUAGUUUUUGUCUUUUUUAUUGACCAAACUUUUCAGGAAGUAGAUGAAGAAUAAAUAAAGCUCUCAUGUAGAAGUCCAACUUAUUUUGGAUCCUUGUGGAGAGUUUAAUCUUAGAGUUUGUAAAGCUGUUGAGUUUUUAGAGUCACAUGGAUUGUUUUGACAUUUAAUAACCGAGUCCUGAAAUAAAAUUACAGUUGUGGA